GCAAGUUGGUCCGACGAGAGUUAGCUUGACAGAACGGCGGAGGUAGAACAGUUUUAGUCCUUUGCUUCAAGGUUUUCUUAUGUGUCUGAGUCCAAUGGUUGCAACGUUUUCACAAAGUUUCGGAUUCCAGCCCACGGAUUUUAAUGGCAACGAAUUCACCAGCCAUAUGCCAGAAGCUCAAAAUCUAGGGUGGUCUCAAUGCUGUAAUGAAGUUAAAAAUUACUGUAUGUUUGUAAACAAUUGGUGCACUCUUUCUGUGUUUUGUUUCGCGAUCGCCGAAAGUGACUAAACGUUUGUAGAUUGUGAGAUUGUCGAGAUAGGAGAACAGCUACGGUGUAUAUGAUAAUGUCGUCUUUAACGGAGGGCGUCAGUGAAAUGAGGUGGUGAGGUUUUAUGCAUGUUCAAUGUUGGAACGAACUCUUGGGUUAUUUUGUAGUGAGUCGACUCGGCUGAUGAGAUGGUUACCAGUCUCUCGAUGAUGCGACCAUGCUUCACUGGAUAUUCUUUUCAAGAUGUAAGCUCGAUACCGGGCCAGGGGCGUGUAAAUCAGCUCGGAGGACUUUUCAUCAAUGGACGACCGCUACCUAAUCACAUAAGACUGAAGAUCGUCGAGAUGGCCGCGGCGGGAAUCAGACCGUGUGUCAUAUCGAGACAACUCAGGGUGUCGCAUGGAUGCGUGUCGAAGAUUCUUAACCGAUAUCAGGAAACCGGAAGUAUCAGGCCGGGUGUCAUUGGGGGGAGCAAACCGCGUGUGGCCACACCAGAAGUAGAGGCAAGGAUUGAAGAAUACAAACGUGACAAUCCAGGUAUGUUCUCAUGGGAGAUCAGAGAUCGGCUGAUCAAAGAAGGCGUUUGUGACCGGACCAGCGCACCGAGUGUGUCCGCAAUUUCUCGGCUGCUCAGAGGUCGCGACUCCGAAGACGACGUCAAAGUUGGUGAUGGAAAAACGAGUUCUGGAUCUGAUUGCGACAGCGAACCAGGAAUUCAGCUGAAAAGAAAACAACGCAGGAGCAGAACGACGUUCACAGCUGCUCAACUUGACGAAUUGGAACGAGCUUUCGAGAGGACUCAGUAUCCUGAUAUAUACACUAGAGAGGAACUCGCUCAGAGAACUAAGCUGUCAGAAGCUCGUAUUCAGGUGUGGUUUAGUAAUCGAAGAGCGAGAAUGAGAAAACAGUAUUCUUCAACGAGUUCCGGUGGAUACGUUCCGUAUUCGACUACUCCGUUUCUUCCACCUCAUCCAAACGCGACACAUUCGCAUCCUCAUGCUCAACCUUUGCCAAAUGCAGCUUUUCCUUCCAGUCAAGUACCAGAACUAUAUUCUCAUCAUUCAUCACUCUCUCAUCAAUUGGCAGCAGAUACAGCACGAUUACCCGUAUCCGUUGGCUCGACUCCGACUUACACUUUCCCAACAUCGGUGACCUAUACCAACUCGUUAUUGCCUCCAACUUCAUCCACAACAACUCACAUGACUCACCAAGGAGCUUCUACGUCGUCUAGCUAUCAGCCAGCAAGCAGUCAUCAACUGCCGCCAACUCCCAAUUCUCUUGUCACUAUGAUGGGUUCGAAUUCAGGUAAUUCGACUACAGCUCCUGAUCAAUUGACACCGCCCGAGCUUCCGCUUGGUUCGGUUUCGUCCGCUCAGCAGCAACAGCCGCAACAACCGCAACAGCAACAUCAACAGCAAACGCAACAGCAAACUAGUCAAGGAACCUCGCCGUCGUCGUGGAACCUUGCAAUUACCGCUAGCAGCAGAGUUGAUCUUCCAAGUCCACCGACAAGUCUGCAAACUCAUGCUUACGGUGCUCAUCCUCAUCAGGCCUUCCCCAGUCAUUAUGCUGCGCAGAGUUUUCAGCAACCUCCAAGACCUGCGGCGCAAACUUUCUGGACGCAACAUCACUUUUGAAAAUAAUCUCGAGUGUAGAUUACACAACUGUGAAUUUACAAACAAGAAAUCGAAACCAUUAUAAUAAAACGAAUUCAUAGAAUCUAAACUUAUCAUAAUGCUGUUAAGAGAUGAUGUUGUUUAUAUUAGCAGAAAUCUUUGAAUAAACACAGUUGAUGACUAAUACUUACAGAAUUAAUAAUUACUGAUUAUAGAUAGAAUCUCUAAUGUAUUAUUAAGUGUACAAAUUAGUUUUUGCAAUGGUUUGGUAGCUUUAUUGUUUGUUUAAGCUAUCAUGCUUUUACAGAAACGAAAGUGAUAAACUGCCCAAUAAAAAUGUCGCAAAAUAAUCAACACAACACAAUAGCAAUUACUUUAGUAAUUGAGUUUAGUAAUUACUUUAGUAAUUGAAUUUGUUUUUGAUUCGAACAUUAAUUAAACUAAACCUAAUAGAAUAUAUUAGACAGAUAGGUAAUUAAAAUAGAAAUUUAUAGUUUAUAGAUACGAUAGAUCGUGUGAUGUUAGACUGCCUCGAUAUAAAUCCACGUAUCUGAGAAUUCGUCAUGUGCGUGCGCUAGGGGCGACUGAAUAAUGGGAAAAGGUCCACGAUCUUAUAUCAUUG